CAGCCGAAAAGCUGAAAAAAUUUAGGCACCACAGGCACAGGACGCCAGGAAUACUGAAAGGACGAGGAUUGAUGAUCCAAGGUCAAGGGAACGUGAAAUUAGACCUGUUAUUCUUGUUUUAGUUUGUCUAGACUAAAGUGCCGGUUUUAAUCUUUUUGUAGAGUUUUUGUAGAAGAUAUUUUUACGAUAUUUUCUAUUUUUGUUACUUUGUUAUCUGUGUUUUUGUUAUUUGUAUGCGUUCAUUCUUUGAGGAGUGCGCAUGCUGAGGAUCUUUGACACUUGUUGCUUUAAUCUGGAAUUUCAAGAUUGUUUAUUGCGUACCUCGUGAUAAGAAAAUCAGAGUAACGAAGAAAGUGGGGAUUAUAGAGAGGGAAUUAAGUCAGUUGGGACUUGACCGGCAUUUGCAAGAGGCACUUUAGAGGGUUAAGAUGUCAGCUUAUAAACUAGGAAAGUUGAUAAUCGAGGGGAAGACGAAACAAGUUUUUGAGCUUGCCGAAGAACCCAAGCUUUGUUUUCUUCAAAGCAAAGAUCGCAUAACAGCCGGCGAUGGUGUAAAAUCCCAUGAACUCGAAGGAAAAGCUGCAAUCAGCAAUGCCACAAAUGCAAAAGUUUUUCAACUCCUAAACCAAGCUGGUCUUAAAACUGCUUUCGUUAAAGUGGCGGGUGAAACUGCUUUUAUCGCUAAAAAAUGUGAAAUGGUUCCGAUAGAGUGGGUGACGAGGCGUCUGGCAACUGGAAGUUUCCUAAAACGAAAUCCAGGUGUACCAGAAGGUUUCAAAUUUUAUCCACCUCUCCAGGAGACUUUCUUCAAGGAUGAUGCUAAUCACGAUCCUCAAUGGUCUGAGCAACAAGUUGUAUCUGCUGGAUUUAAAUUAAAUGGAGUUGUCAUUGGAAAAGACGAGUACGAUAUUAUGAAUGAAAUGACUUUGGCAGUAUUUGAAGUUCUUGAAAAAGCUUGGUCGACGAGAAAUUGCGCACUAAUUGAUAUGAAGAUUGAAUUUGGUGUUGAUAGCAAUGGAGAAAUUCUCGUAGCAGACAUUAUUGAUAGCGAUUCUUGGAGGCUCUGGCCCUCUGGAGACAAAAGACUCAUGAAGGACAAGCAGGUCUACAGAAAUCUCUCGACUGUCACCAAAGAAGAUUUGGACACCGUAAAACGCAACUUUAAAUGGGUAGCUGAACAGCUCGAAUAUCUCGUUCCCCCUGCAAGUUCUCUCGUCGUGAUUUUGAUGGGAUCCCCAUCAGACGCGGAGCACUGCAAAAAAAUAGGAAAAUACGCCCAAGACUUGGGACUUCGAGUUGAACUUCGCGUGAGCAGUGCUCACAAAGGAACUGAAGAAACUCUGAGAAUUCUAUCGGAAUACGAGGGAAGCGGCGAAAAGGUAGUGCUGAUUGCAGUCGCGGGAAGAAGCAACGGACUGGGACCGGUCCUCUCUGGCAAUUCUACUCUGCCUGUGAUCAAUUGUCCUCCUCUGAAACCCGAAGAGGUCGGUCAGGAUCUUUGGUCUUCGCUGAAAGUUCCCUCGGGUCUUGGCUGCACUACAGUUUUAUACCCAGAAAGUGCCGCCCUUGCUGCAGCACAAAUUCACGCCCUCAAUGACCACCUUGUCUGGUCUCGCUUGAGAGUCAAAAAAUUGACAAACUUUAUCACUUUGAAAAGGGCCGACGCCAAAGCGAGAAGCCUGGAAAUCUGAAAGUCAUUCUGAAACUUUUUAUUUUAAGCAUAUUAUAUGUUUACUCGUUUUUCUACAAUGCUUUAAAAGCAAUAGGAAUUAUUAUCCUGGAAAUAAUUUCCAGUAGUUUUGAAAUAUUGCAAACAUACUUUGAUUAAAUGUUCUUCAUUGCGCUUUCUGUUUACACAAUUCUGCUUUUCCUUUUGCUUCUACUCUAUACCUUUUCACAGGUUUAUAAAAUAGAUGUAUUUCUCAUGCAACCGGUUUUUGAAUGAAAUUCUUUCAAAAAGAGUGGACUAAUCAAUGUUAAUGUUGGCUGUUUUCGUAUAUGUUUUGUUAUUGUUACUUUUAAUUUCUCUUUACUGGCUACAGGUUUAUAAUAUACACCUCUUUCCAUUUCGAGAGAUUUUUGAAUAAAUGGAGGGCGCAAAUUUCAUUGUAGUAUUUUAAAACCGAGUUUUUUUAUACUAUUUUAGUCUAUGUUAUUUUGUGAUAAUAAAAUGUUUAGUAAGAGAAAAUUUUA